CGAUAAAAUUUUUCACUGUUUUUCAUUCUUGGCAGGCACAUACCAAAAGCCAAAGCCACCACGAUGGCGGAGACACCGGAGCUGAAGCGUAUCGCGGAGAACACGAAGAUACAGAGCAACGUUAAGUAUCAUGCCGAGUUUGAAAAGGCGAAGGGGAAGUUUACGCAAGUAGCGGACGAUCCGGAGACUCUUAGAAUUAAGCAGAACAGCAAGAUCAUCUCGAAUGUCGCUUAUCACGGUGAGCUUGAAAAGAAGGCGAUCAUGGAGCAAAAGAGGACAAUGACCGGAGAAAAUGGCGAGCAAAUAGAGUACGUAGAGUACACAGACGGUACGAUCGCACCUGCGUCGAGCAUAAACGCCAAUCCGCCGCCUGCAAGGACGGCGAAUUCGCCGGUACAGAGGACACCAGGUAGGAUCGCCGAUUACGAUCCCCUUAGCGAAGCGAGGCCGAGUCCCUAUUCCGCAAGGCAAGCUGCUACCACAGUCAUUUAUACGAGCGACAAGGGACCAGUGACGAAUCCACCGACACGAAAAAUCGGCUCGGUUGCUGACAUCGAUCCAGUGAAUGAAUAUUACGGAUCGUUAACGCCGGCUACAACGAUAAACAAUAAUCAACAUCAACAUCAAUCUCAACAUCAAUCACCGCCACCGCCCUCCAACGUCGGAAGAGUGUACAGAGCGAUGUAUGACUACGAAGCGCAAGAUCUCGAUGAGGUGAGCUUCUGCGACGGUGAUUUAAUUGUCAACUGCACAGCUGUCGAUGAGGGUUGGAUGACUGGACUGGUGCAGCGUACGGGACGACACGGCAUGCUACCCGCUAAUUAUGUCGAACCGGCGCAGAUUUAAACGUUCUUUCUCAUGUCGAGCUUCCAUUUGCUAAUUGCCGCCACUUCGAUCAGAGCGCUUAAUUAGGGCGCGUUUUACCGAAGAAAGAGACGAGUUAAAAAAAAUUACGAUACACAAUACUCGAGAUAGCGCUUCUACUCGGCUCUUAUUAUUCGGCCGGAAUAAAGUUUGAUCGAAACGGCGCACUGUCAUCUUAGAAAAUCAGAUAAUUAGAUAUUUUAACUACUAAAGAACUUUCAUCAAGGAUCUUGAUAUUUUGAUAUAAAUUUUAAAUUUUAUCUUGAUAUCAAUUAAACAUCAAGACAUAUAUUUGGAUAAGGUAUUCAAAAUAUGUUGAUAAAAGAAAUAGAAUAUCGAAAUUAAUUUUAUAAAUGCUCAGAGACGUAUUUCAUGAGUAUCCAAGUUGAGUAUUCUCAGCUUCUAGAUGACAAUAUGUAGCUUCAUAUGUUAGAAUUCCAUGAUGGGACCAAACACACACUGCGAUAAAUUGUGUCGAUUACAAUUAAAAUUCUGACAGCUUGUGAAGUGACAUAAGCCUUGACCAACAAUUAAGACGAAUUAAGUAUAAGAUAUAUCUUCCAUGAAUGCAGUUUUCUGUAAAGCGUCACUUACUUUUCUUUUUACUAUUACGUACAGUUAUUAUUAUUCCUCCGUUUUGAUAUCUUUUUAGAGUUUACACUAUAUAAUUAGAAUAUAAAUAUCAAAAACAAAUAAUUUGGUUCAAUUAACGAUUCUUUACGAGCCCUUU